AUGGAUGAUGUAAUAAAAUUUCAUGAUGGUAGAUAUCAGAAAAAAAUAUACACAAGUUUGUACUUGUGUAUGUCUCGACAUGUAGCAUUAAAACAAUGGAUCUCAAAAAUUUUACAAAUUGUCCGAAGAGCAGUACCGAUUUAUUUUUGUUUGGCAAUUGUAUGCCUUGUAACUGUCAUUUUUGUUAUACUAAUAAAUAAUGUGGAAAACUCUAGUACUAGUGGUAACCUUCUGAAAAUACGGUUACUUCUUGGUGGAAUGUGCGGAGCUGUAGUAUUGUACACAUUUUGCGAAGCGGGACAGUUACUGAGUCAUGAUAUGAGUCAAGUUUUUGAUAUUUUGUUAACUUCCUCAUGGUAUAACUGGGACAGCAAAAAUAGAAAAAUGUUGAUGAUGUUCUUAUUACAUUCACUAAAAGCAGAAACAUUUUCUUGGGGUGGUUUUACUCUGGAUUAUCGAUUCGGAACUUCGGUAGCUAAAACCACAUUGUCUUGGGCUUUUGUUUUGUACAACUUGAGAAAAUCUAGUUAA